AUGCAAUCGCACUCUUCUCGGAGCAAUGCCUCAGUCCGUCGAACAGUACUAAAAGGCGGUAAAGUACUCGUUCACGAUGCCAAUGACAACAUCCAAGUUCUCGAAGCGGAUGUUCUUAUUGAGAAUAACCUCAUUGCUAAGAUCUCACCUGACAUUGACGAUGUUACCGACGCAGAAGUCAUCGACUGUCAUAUGAAGAUAAUCUCUCCAGGCUUUGUUGACACCCAUCACCAUCUUUGGCAAACGCAACUCAAGGGACGACAUGCGAAUGAACUUUUACUCGAGUACAUGGCCUCGGGUAACCUGCAGUCUUCCAACUAUACCAGGGAAGACCUCUACUGGGGCCAGCUCGGAGGAUGUCUUGAGGCCAUCAAUGCUGGUACUACCACAGUCGUCGACCAUUCGCAUGUCAACACCUUUCAAGGCGCUGCAUCGACUGCCAUCUCAGCAAUCGCUUCCUCGGGCUUACGUAGCGUAUAUGCCUACUGCGCAACCGCCCGCGUUGCUUCCUGGUCUCCCUUCGAGAUGGACGCAGAUAUUCUUGGGUCGUGGUUUCUAGACGAACUGCAAGAGUUGGGCAAGAAAGCACCUUUCGGCGAUGGUCGCAUAACCAUGGGUCUGGCUUUUGACCUUUGGCUUUUGCCGGAGCCAAUGAUUCAGGAUGUCUUCAAACGGGCUCGAGAAGCCGGUAUUGACUUCGCAACAACCCACGCUGUCCGCAGUCCACAUGUCGGCAUGAGUGAUGUAAUCCAGCAGGUCAAAGGCUUCGGUCUCCUGGACAAGCACAUGCUGUUCAGUCAUGCCACUGGGUAUCCCGCUGAGAGCAUCCAGGCAGUGGCAGAUGCCGGUGCACAUAUUAGCAGUACUCCUUCGACCGAGUUACAAAUGUCCCUGGGAUUUCCUGUUUGCCUGAAUGACGAAUUACCACGAGCUCAGGCAUGUUCGAGUCUAGGAAUCGACUGUCACAGUAAUCAGGCUUCGAGUAUCGUAUACGAAAUGAGGAUAGGACUGCAAGCUUCCAGGGCCAAACACAAUCAGAAAGCCCUAGAUCAGGGUAUGGCGCCUCGACACAUAGCGAAGACCGUACAGGAGGCAUUUAAUCUAGGAACCAUUCAGGGCGCUAGAGCAAUUGGCAAGGAAGCUCAGCUAGGCAGUAUCGCAGAAGGAAAACUUGCGGAUCUUGUGAUCUUCGACGCGAACACCCCCGAGCUAGCCUGCGCUGCUGAACAGGACCCAGUUGCGGCAAUUGUUCUGCACAGCAGUAUCGGUAACGUGGAUACUGUUAUUGUGGAUGGUAUCAUCAGGAAGCGUGGUGGGAAAUUGGUUGAUGUCAAGGUUGAGCAGAGUAUGCAGAAUGUUGCCAAGAAAGAAUUUUUGGCAUGGAGUGAUGUGGCUGAUGCUAUGAGGAAGUCCAGGAGUGAGCUUCUCAAGAGGGAGGCGGAAAACCAGAACCUUGACGAAGUAGUGAAGGGGGUUAUCAAGACUUUUUACAUCGAUGAGUCGAAGUUCCAAGGUUAG